UCCCUACACACAACACUCAGUUUCUUGGCCACCACGAGUGGCUGGUUGGUCAUUUUAGAAAUUCCCACCACAGCCCAAUAUGGCCGACAAGUGCUUUUUCAACGGAUGCGCCAAUGAAUGCGCCAUGGGGACGUGGAAGUGCGAGUUCCACAAGAACCGCGUGCGCUGCCGCGGCGACGACUGCAGGAACCAAGUGUACGCGAGGUACCUGUGUGUCCGACAUGGAGGCAAGAAGAAGUGCCAGUACCCCAACUGCACAGGCAACGCCCGCGUUGGCACGUACUGCUGCCGUCACGGCGCUACGAGCAAGAAGAAGCAUUGCAUGAUGGACGGGUGCACAAAAGUCGCUCAUGCGCGGCGACUCUGCGUGGGACACGGCGGCGGUCGGCUGUGCAAGGUCGAAGGAUGCACAGCACAUGCUCGCCAUGCCGGGUGCUGUCGAAAGCACGGUCGAGACAUUGCACUGGACACAUCGCCUGUGGGGGUUCCGAUGGUCAAAGAAGAGAUCCUGCCGCUUCCAUUGCUUAGUCUAUACGACGACGACACGACACCAUUGAAGAGCCUCAUGGAUCAACCAUUUAAUUACACGAUGGGACUGGGUGACUUCUCCCCCAUCGACGUCCUGGACUUCGACAUUGCGCACGCGGAUUUGGACGGAUUGUUCGACAGCGCCGUGUUUGAUUGCCAGUGGUAUUUGUAGAAAAGAAUGCGGUGUAGUAUAGAAAGAUUGAGAUAAUAUUAUUAAAAUAUGUAGAUUAUAAAACAGGAAGG